AUGCCACUUUCUCGAACACAGACAGCCAGUCUCUGCAACAGCUGUUGCUUGAAAUAGACGGAUAUGUCGCGCUUCACGCUUUUAGCGGCUCGGGCUAGUACACCACGAACGCCUUGAAAUGCUGACUUCCGCACUAUCAGGAAGCCUACGCCAAUGCAUAAGUGAAUGACGCCAGUGACGUGUGUCUGUGUGCUUUCUUUGUGAGUGUACCUUUGCGCUACAAUGUGUCCUUAAGCAAGCACCAACUAGCCCAACAACAAGUCUUCCUGCAUACCAUUCAGUAUGAAAGCGGAAUCAAAAGAGGAGACCGAAUCUGAAGGUUAUCACGUAUACAUAUAGUCACAGAGAGCUUUCUAGAGCGACAUUUCAUUGUUAUAUGUUUCUUCUUCAUAGGACAGUUGCGGCAUUUCGAGCAAGACUCGCGUACUCCUGGAGACACCGCCUACGUAACAUCGAGAGUGGCGGGGCAGCGCUAGGGAUCAGCAAACCGAAGACUGACUUCGUCGUUGCAGUCGAGCGGCCAGCAGCUGCUGAGUCGAACAACGCCAUGUGUUCCUUGAUGGUGACGAGAAUGUUCUGGUGCAGUAGGCUAUCUCGCUUUUUCGGAUGCCUUUUCAUCAGCAACCUAAACGGAAAGACGUUGAAGAAAGCUACUGCCACGUGGAAGAGCCCGUACACCCUCUACGCAGCUCUUUGGUUUUCGAUAUUUGUGGGAUACCAGACCAUCGCAUUGGUAUCCACGUCGAAUUCCGUUGAUAUACACAAAACAUUUCCCCGAUACUUGAGGUUUGUUUCUUACGCUGUCAGUGUGGCGAAGGUGUGCGUCAAUUACGUGUGCUUUUGCCUGGGUUCGGAAGGCCUGCUCGAGUUCUUACGGAACGCGACGGUGUUCGAGAAGUCAACCUCGUUUUCACCCAAAGUCAAAACGAAGCUCAACCUCGGUCGACGCCUGUUUAACGCGACGGUCAGGACUGUCCUCGUUGCAUCUUUCAUCGGUGCAUUUUGCAUCGCUGUCACGGAAGGCAUGAGAAAGCUCCCUUCGGCGCCCUUGCAUUGGCGGCUGGGGAUUGGAGCGGUGGUUCUUGGCAGCGAAUUAGCGUUCUUCUUGUACGACUCUCUGGUGCACGUCAUCACGACGCGUUGCUCGGAAGUAAUGCAACGGUACCUCGAAUCCGAGUUGGCGAGGCUCGAAGCCAACUGCACGACGGACACUCACUACGCACAGUUGAGCUCAGUGUCGAAGAUUGCCAUGGUUCGCGUGAACGUAUGUAAAAUAAAGGCUCUCAAAAUAAGCCUCGACAAGAUUUGCGGCCCAGCGAUUGUGGCUUCCUCCACCAGUCUGCUAGCGUUGCUCUGUCUGAACGUGUACAGAUCGUUCACUCUGGAUGUGCAUGAAUUGGAGCUUUGGUUGCCGAUCGUGUAUACGGUCUACUGUUGCUUCUGCUUAGUCGACAUGGCGUUUGUGAGCGACGACCUUGCAAAACAAGUAAGAGACGCUUGUCAGUAUUAGAGCACUCGUUGAAGUAAAGCACAUUGCAAUUAUUUUAUGUAAUAAAGGUAAUCGUGCGGAGUUAUGCCGGUAUACUAACGCUUUGAGUAUAGCGGUAACUCUUUGCCGAAAGUUUGCUAUUUAGAUAAUGUCUUUGAAGACAUAAAAAAGUGUUACCGACCGCGCAACGUAAACUAAUACUGCGGAGUUUAUUCAUCGUGUCAGUUCGUUGCAGUGAAUUGCAUAUGCUGUGAUGAUAGAUGAAAUGUGAAUAUCGUAACAACAACAACAGCAGCCGCAGCAGCAACAACUGAGGAAUUCUGCUUGCUUAGAGUUGCAAGGUAAAAGUGGCGGCAAAGAAUAAAGAAAAUUGCGACUUCAAAAUGCGCAUUCUUGUUACCGUUCACCACCUUUGGCGAAAUGAAUAAAACGUGCACAAAUUAUGUUUUUCAGGCAAGGAAGAUAAAGGACACCGCCAAGACAGUGACAAUGCUGUACUCACCGAAAGAAUAUCUUCAACAGGUGCGAUAUCUUCACAGCACCAUCGAACCAGAGGAAAUGUGUUUCACCGGUUCAAACUUCUUCCGCCUUGACAGGGGACUUCUUCUUACGGUGACGGGCUCCGUAAUAACCUUCGCUGUGAUAUUAAUGCAGACGGGUGGUGAUUUGAAACGUCGAAUGGGACUGAACUGAAGCAAAGUGCCGGCAAGACCAAGUGAACACCUCCACACGUUCACGCAAACACUAUGA